AUGUGGAAGAGUUUUUUGACAAGAACAUCAAGAUGCUUCUCAACAUCAACAAGCAACAUCAAGACACUUAAAUGGUGGGAUCAUGUAGCCCCAGCUCCCAAAGAUCCCAUUACCAGUGUCACUGAGGCUUUUCUUGCUGACACUAGUCCCACAAAGAUCAAUCUUGGAGUGGGAGCUUAUAGGGAUGAUGAAGGGAAACCUGUUGUCCUUCAAUGUGUUAGAGAGGCUGAGGCAAAGAUUACUGGUUGUGACUUCUUGGAGUCGGUAUCUUCGGCAGUGAGUUCAAAGCUGGUUGAGGAGAGUGUCAAAUUGGUUUAUGGAAAGAAUUCAGAUGUUAUAAAAGAAGGGAGGUUUGCUGGAGUUCAAGCUCUAUCGGGAACUGGUGCAUGUCGUCUCUUUGCUGAGUUCCAGAGGCGUUUCUAUCCUGAAUCUCGAAUAUAUUUGCCUGAUCCAACUUGGUCUAACCACCAUAACAUAUGGAGAGAUGCUCUAGUUCCAGAGAGAACUUUUCACUACUACCAUCCUGAUUCAAAGGGUUUAAACUUUGCUGCUCUUUUGGAUGAUGUUAAGAGUGCCCCAGAUGGUUCAUUUUUCUUACUCCACCCUUGUGCUCACAACCCAACUGGGGUUGACCCCACUGAGGAACAGUGGAGAGAAAUUUCAUAUCACUUUAAGGUAAAAAAUCAUUUCCCCUUCUUUGACAUGGCUUAUCAAGGUUUCGCAACUGGGGACCUUGACAGGGAUGCACAGUCAAUCCGGAUUUUUGUUGAAGAUGGGCAUUUAAUAGGUUGUGCUCAAUCCUUUGCGAAGAACAUGGGAUUAUAUGGACACCGAGUUGGUUGUCUCAAUGUUCUCUGCAAUGAUGCAAAGCAAGCAGUUGCAAUUAAAAGUCAAUUGCAGCAGAUUGCGCAGGCAAUGUACAGCAGCCCUCCUGUUCAUGGUAUAUUACUGGUCUCGGCUAUCUUGAGUGAUCCUGAUUUGAAAGCACUUUGGAUGAAAGAGGUGAAGGUCAUGGCAAAUCGCAUUCAAAGUUUGCGGACUACUCUGCAGGAAAGCCUCGAGCAAUUGGGUUCUUCACUCAAUUGGGAACACAUAACUAACCAGGUUGGGAUGUUUUGCUUCUCUGGUUUAACCCCUGAACAGGUUGAUCGGCUGCUAAGGGAAUUUCACAUAUACAUGACUCUUGAUGGACGCAUGAGUAUGGCAGGUGUUACCACAGGCAAUGUGAGUUAUUUAGCAAAUGCAAUUCACGAAGUAACCAAAUUUGGUUAG